AUGGAAAAGAAGAAAGAAAAGAAACCAGAAGAGCAACUUACAGAGCCUGAAUCCAGUUUCCCAGAAUCCUUACUAGAAUUUUACAUUGAGAGAAAAGAAGCAGCAAUUGCUCAGCUUUUGUUGGCUCUGAAACAAGUGGAAAAAAAGAACAAAGAAUGUCAUGAAAGGAAUGACCUUCUGAAGGAAAAACAGCAGGUGUACAUCAAGCGCAUACUAGGAGAAAUAGAAAAACAUGAGAAGGAACAAGAUGCAAAGGAGGUUGUAACUAGUUACGAUGUGGAAGAGGCACUGAAUGCAGUAUGGCAGUAUGUUAAGGACAAAGAACAACUUCUGAAAGAUCUGCACUCCCAGAUUGAGGAAACUGAGCAAAGACUUUUAGUGAAGCAGAGUGAGAGAGAUUAUUGGUUGGAAUACAGAAAUGUAGGAAGAAAAAUACUGAUGGACAGGAUUACGCAUCUGGAAGAAGACAUUAAGGAAGUCAAAGAUGACCUUCACAAGGCUACAGAGUAUUACAGAAAUGCUUUGAAAGCAUUGAAAGAAGAAAAUAAGAGACUGGUUGAAGAGCACAUGAAGUCUUCUAAGGAACAGGCCCGUGAGAAUGCUGUAAGAUACUUAGACAAAAAAUGCUGCCGAGAAGUUGAAGAGAAUGAAUGGCUAAGAGAAGAGGUUAUGAGGUACCGAAAGAAAGUAAGUGAUUUGAAAGCAUCUAUUCAGCUCCUAGAAGAAGAAAAUGUCAUUAUAGUGACACAGCUGGUUGAUAGCAAACUUCAGGAUCAAAGAGUACCCAGGCGUUUGUUUCUUACCCAGGCAGCUGACUUGCAAGAUGAAUUUCCUAAGGAUGAAAUGGAGUACGUGGAGUAUGCAGCAAAGACAGAUGGAGGUGAAAGUCUCAGAAGUGCCAUAGUCCCCUGUCAGAAAAAGAAUGAGAAGCUUCAAGACAGCAAUGAGGAGCUGUGGGAGAAGUCAUGGGCUCCAACUUGUAGCUUGUACAAAGAUGAAAAAGAUUUCCAGGUAUACGUAAAAGUGGAUCCUCCAGAGACUAAUCUGUUGUGUGUGCUUGGAAGACCCAUGCCUGUUCAUAAAGAGCCAGAAGAAAUGUCAAGCAGGAGCCACACAGAAGGUGAUGGCAUCAGUGGUAAAUCAGACAGGCACAUCACAGCUAAGAUGAUCAAGGCCUUGCUAGAAGAAAAGGUUGGUUAA